UUGGCAGACACGUGGAAGCUGCAGCUCCUGCACUUCUGCCUCUUCCUGGCCAUCUCCCUGGCUGCCCUCCUGGCCAACGGCCUCAUCAUCAGCGCCGUAGCCUGCGGCCACCACCUGCACACCCCCAUGUUCUUCUUCCUGCUCAGCCUGGCCCUCCUUGACCUGGGCUCCAUCUGCACCACUGUCCCCAAAGCCAUGCACAAUUCCCUCUGGGACACCAGCCACAUCUCCUGUGCAGGAUGUGCUUUACAAGUGUUUUUCUUUAUGUUCUUCAUGUCAGCAGAGUUUUUCUUUCUGACCAUCAUGUGCUACGACCGCUACGUGUCCAUCUGCAAACCCCUGCACUACGGGACCCUCCUGGGCAGCAGAGCUUGUGCCCACAUGGCAGCAGCUGCCUGGGCCAGUGCCUUUCUCCAUUCACUGCUGCACACGGACAAUACAUUUUCCCUGCCCCUGUGCCAGGGCAAUGCCCUGGGCCAGUUCUUCUGUGAAAUCCCUGAGAUCCUCAAACUCUGCUGAUGCAAAUCCUAUCUCAGGGAACUUGGGCUCCUUGCUGUUAGUGUCUGUUUAGCUUCUGGAUGCUUUGUGUUCAUUGUUUUCUCCUAUGUGCAGAUCUUCAGGGCUGUGCUGAGGAUCCCCUCUGAGCAGGGACGGCACAAAGCCUUUUCCACCUGCCUCCCUCACCUGGCUGUGGUCUCUCUGUUUUUCAGCACUGCUUCAUUUGCCUUCCUGAAGCACCCCUCAAUCUCCUCCCCAUCCCUGGACCUGGCACUGUCAGUUCUGUACUCAGUGGUGCCUCCAGCCCNUAAUCCUCUUUUAUAUAACCUCCUUACUGUGGAGGGUGCAGAAUAUAAUCUUAAAGAAUAA